AUGGAAGAUAAUGAUGAAAGUAAUAUUCAAGAUUCCGAAGAAUCGGUUUUUAAAAAGAUAAGCAAGUUCAGCUAUAACCUCCUGGAAACUUUAUUUGCUGUAUUCUAUGCUCUUUUCAAAGAUUACAACACUAUAAAUAGAUUUGAAACACAAACUGCGAAAAUGUAUGCUCACAUGCUUUAUUCGGCAAUAAUAUCAUUGCAAGUUUUGAGUUUAACACUUCCUCCUAACAUCGAUUCUUGGAGUUCCUUUAAUUGGUUUUCAACUAUAGUAGGAAUCGUAAGAAUUGAUUAUCUUUUAGCGAUUCUGGGGCUGGGAGUUCAUUGUUUUUAUGUAGCUCUAGGUGUUGUGGGAUACAUAACAUUAGUAUUCUUAUUCUUUUAUUUCAAGAUUUAUUUCAAGCUGAAAAUUAAAGAAAGCAAUUACCGGUACAUCCUUGGGUCUGUUUUAAAGAUUAUUAGAAUGAUUUUGUACUUACCCUUUAUCAAUAUUUUUAUUUCAGUUCAGAAAUAUUCAUGGGCGUCAGAAACUAAAGUUUUUGGAUACGGAGACAUAAAUUCAAGUGAUAUUCAAGUUGGCUAUAUAGAUGUCAUUAGUGAAAUCUCAGUGCCAGUAUUACUAAUAUUUGUUCUUAUGGAUGCUGCUUUUAAUUAUGAACAGUAUAUAACGAGGCAUAAAUCAAUGAUAUAUGCAAGAGCCCAUGGGAAAAUUGAAGUUUGCAAAAUUUUGUUAUUGACUGCACUUAGUUAUAGCCAUUGAUAUCUUCAAGAAACGUAUUAUGCAGCACACCUUGGGAUUGGACUUGCAUCCGGGGUCUUGCUUUCAGGAGCAUAUUUGUAUUUUUUACCUUUUUACACAAUUUUUGUCAAUUUCACUGCCUCCAGUUGCUAUUUACUUCUUGCUUGAAGCUCAUUAACUCAGCUUAUCGGACUUUAUCUUGAUAAUGCUACCGUUGUAUUUUAUUUUAUAAUUUUGAUUUAUCCAUGCUUAGAAUUGGGACUGUGAGAGGCCUUAAAAUAUCGAAUUGCUUGGCUUAAAUCAAACUGUGAAGAAGUAAUUUAUAGCCAAAAUCUUUAUUGCUGUGAGUUGAUUGUGAGAUUUGAGAUUUUAAAACUCUUACCCCCUCUUUGAGCGCAAAAUCCCUAAAAAAUGACCCUCUGUAAGCGAACAAAUAUUUUUAUAAAAAAAUUUUAUAUAUAAGUGAUAUUGUUAUAACGAAACCUCUUGCUAAUUCCUUUUAAUUUUAAACAGAUUACAUUCUGAAACAUAAAAUUUACAAAUUAACUUUAAUAUUUGCUUUCCAAUUAUUGCGAAUUGGGAUUUUUUAAAUUUAAAAAAAAAAAGAUUAACUCCUGUCUGUGAGCGAACAAAAUUAUUUUGUUCGCUAAGACUGGGGAGUUGGAAAUAAACCGAAAAACCCCAGAAGGUAAAAUUUCAGCCAAAAAGAUCCGAGCCAAUAUUCAAACUCUAUAUAGAGAAAUAAACAAGAGGUUUAGAGGGAAUGUGUUUUGUGCUCUCUGAGAGUUUUUAUAUGUAUAUAUUGUUCUCAAAAAAGAGGGUGUAGCAAAAAUCAAGCUAACUUAUACAAUGGACACACAAUUCUCAUUGGAAGGAACCUAUUUAAAGUAUAAAUAUUUCCGAGCAAUUACCGAUUUUAGUAAAAAAGUUUUGGAAGAAGUAGAUUAUAUAAACUUUCGGAAGAUGUAUGAAGAUGCUCUUAAGCUUGAUAAAGAAGCCUGCCAAAAUCAAUUGGAUUUUUGGACUGAACUAAGUGCAGAAAAACCAUUGAUAGAAAAUAUAGAAAAAAUUGGGUAUAAAUUGUUCAAAAAUAUCCAAAAGUCUAAAAGAUUUUCCAAAAACUUGAUUAAGCAUUAUCCAAUCAACCAGCAAGCAUUGAGGUUGUAUGGAACCUUUUUGCUUGAAGUGUAUAAUAACACUGUCAAAGGGAACGAGCUAGUUAGUAGAGCUGAGCACGAAAAGCUGCAAUCAGAACAGAAAAAUGCAAUUAUUGGCGAAAGAUUUAAUUAUUUUGAUGAAAAUAAUGGGAUUAUUAUUAUAUCUGGCAGCCCUUCUGAUAUUGGAACUAUAAUAAACAUUAAUACCCAAGCGGGAAAUUUAUUAGCAAUUCCAACAAGAUAUGCAAUAGGCCAAAAUAUAAUUAUUUACAUCCCACCCCCUGGAAAUCAAUUAAACGUGCAUAAUCGAGCAAUGGAGGAAUAUCUUCAGAAUACAACCACAACAGAAGUCUGUGCUCCUUUCAACCUUAUUAUGGUUGAUGCUCUUGGGUUUCUUAUUGAAUGCUAUUACAAAGGAAGGGCUGUUGCCCUAGACUCUUACCCUUUUUUUCUUUCUGCAAUAAAAAAGAACACUCAAGCGAGAGAGUGCUUACUCUACGAUGACUCAAGUAUGAUUACAGUAAAUACCCGAGGCAUAGCUCGUGUACUUGGCUACUCAGAAGAAAUUUGCCUUCUAAACAAGAUAGACGCCAACAAAGUCAUCCCCGAUUUUGACUUAUUAAGAGAGAAAAACCCUCCUCCUGCAAUUUUCGAAUAUAUUCUUCCUGGCACUGUGAACACGCUAUGGAUGAGAUUCAUUGAUUUAGUCAUGGGAAAAACGACUUUUAAAAUGUUGUAUGUCACUGCUGAUAAAGAUGAGGCCAAGUCUUGAAAAACAAACAAAGAAACCAUGAACUUUGAUGAUUUGAGGGAUCUUGGAGUUAUAGAACCAACUCAAACUGAAGAAACCAGGAGAGAGAAAAGAGGGAUAUUGAAAGCGCCUAGAACUAAAAGUGAAAAAAAUUGCAACGUUACGUUCGACAUCAACCCAGAAGUAUAUGAAAUUGAUGAUACUGAUUUUAAAGCUGGAAAAAAUGUUGCAGGAGGAAAAGUAAAAGAUGCUGUGUCUUCGAAACAGCCAGUAAAGCUAUCAGAAUCUAAGGUUGAUGAAGAUGAGGACAAAGAAGAAAAAGAAGACGAGGAAGAAGAAGAAGAAGAAGAGGAAGAAGAGGAAAAAGAAGCAGCAAAGCCUCUUCCUGUGCCUCAAGAAGGAAAGAUUUUUGACCUAAAAGACUUAGGUGGCUUUGUAUUUGAUAACUCUGAAAAAGCUGCAGACGCUGCUUCAGUCGUCUCUUUCUCUGUAAUUGAUGAAGAUGUUUCAAACAAAAAAAGGUCAGGAACAAGUAUUGCAAGUUCUGCUGUAAGUUCGAACGCAAGUUUCACCUCAAGCCAAGAAGCACAAGUUCUCUUAUCUGGAGUCACAAACUCAAUGAAACGUUUCAAAAUCUCCUUUUUUCUUACAGUAACUUUUAUAUAGUGUGUGAUAGUAAAUAUAGGGAGAACUUGCAAAAAUGGUGCAAAAAGCGUAAAAAAUAAAUGUAAUUUUGCAAUUAUUUUUUUAAUUUUGCGAAAAAAGCAUUUGCUUUGCAUUUUUUCAAUGUUUCCAUAAAUAUAGCCGCUCUGGCUAUGAUGAUUUAUCUUGAAUUUAUUGCCACAAACUUUUUGGAAAGUGUCAUUAUAAACGAUCUUGCUGAAAGAAGAGAACUAAAUACCUAUUUCAUUCUAGAUGCCAGAGUAUUAAACUUGAUUAAUGAAGGAUUAUUGCCAUCUUCAAUGGAAGCAGGCAGUAGAACUAGACUUAUGACUGAUAUAGACCGUUACAAUGAAAUCAUUAGCAAUAUUAAAGACAAUAUUAAGGCUUGAAGUGAUGGAAAAGCAAAAGAUAUGUAUUUAGACGAAAAUAUUAAGUCAUGGCAAAUGAUUAGAUUAGUGAAUUAUAGUGGGUCUUUGGGUAUAUUACACCCCUCUCUGCCCCUAGCUAGCUUCCAGCUCAGGGUGACCCUUAGUACCGGUGCCACGCCAAGUCCUUUUUCUGUCUUGUCACCAAAAAAUGGUGGCAUCACCAGUCUCUCAGGAGACUCACCCGAAUAUGCUUGAGUCGAGUUCUUUGGUAAGGACUCUCUUAACUCCUGUAGAGCUCAGAGUACAGAGAAAGCUCCCAAAAUGCCAAUUUCUGGACUAAUUUGCCUUUAUAAGGCACACAUUGCUUCCCAGAAGUGCGAUCAGACUUUGCGCUUUUGGUGUCGUUAUCUUUGGGUCAGGAAUAAAGCAUGUCAUGGUGUCCUGACUUAGCAAAAACCCACCCCGGACUUCUAAAUUCUAAAGAACGGGAUCCACUUACCUGGGGCUGUAAUCAACUCUUUAGUCACCCUGGAUCUAUUCACCACCACCCUAUUCUUUUGAGAAGUAUGUUAAAUGAAGAAUGGGAUAAUCAAUAGCACUGAUGUAAAUUUAAUGGAUGCAAUGCAAAAUCUCGUCACUCGAGCUCAACUUCUUUAUAAUACCCCUCUACAAGAAAUCGAUAUAAAAAAUCCCGAUUUCUUUUAUAUUUACCGAAACAGCUUCGGAGAAACAAUGCAGGCCUUAAAUGUGUCUAUUAAAUACUUCAUAGACGACGUCGAAGAAAGCAUGAACCAAUUUUUGAGAAUUAUAUUGAUCCUUGCUUUAUGCGCAAUUGCUCUUAUUUUUAUCUGCUUUUUUUUAAUUAUAAUUCCUACAUUGAGACAGGUAGAGAAGUCAAAUCAAACUGUCUGGAGUUUAUUUUACUUAUUGCCAAUCGAUUUGGUUCUCGAAAUGAAAUCGAGGUGCGAAGAAAGGUUGGAGACAACUCAUGGCAUUGAGUCUGAUAAAAAGAAUGAAAAAAAUAAAUUCAAGUCACUGGAUGGGAGGAGCGAUAUCAAAGCCACGAAUAAAUGGAAAGGAAUUUUGGUGAAACUUAUAGUAUAUUAUGUGCUGUCUGCUGCUUAUUUUUUAUUUUUUUAUUUUUUGGGAUACGAGACAUUUGGAAACACUCUGGAAAUCAAGCCGAAAAUUAACAAUUGGGCAGGAAUGAGGACAUCAUCCAUAAACGCAGCUUAUUUCUGGCUUCAAGAAGUAAAGUAUGCGAAUUCAAGCUUAGGCUAUAAAUGGGUUGUUCCAUACAGUGAAUAUGAAGUAAGCCCUAACGAUGCGUUUUACUUUAAUUCAGAACUGAUAAUAUUUUCUGAGUACAACUUAUUGUUUCUUUAUCUUUCCUCUUUGAGCAGGAGCUCUAAGCAUGAUACUUAUAUAUGGGAUGAUGCUUGCAUCUCUCAAGAAUGCAUUACUUUGUCAAAAGGAUUUUAUGCUUCUUUGAACGAGUACUACUUAGGAGUGAGGAAUAUUUAUUGGGAAAUCAUCGAAGGUCAAGAUCCUUCUUUGGACGAUUGGUCAAGCACAGGUAGCAACCCUACACCCCCCACCCCCCCCCUUUUUUAAUGGUACUCCCACCCCCCCCCACCCCCCCCCUAAAAAAUGGCACCCCCACCCCCCCCUUAAUAUAGCAUAAAUAUAUGACAAAUACAAAUUUAGAGCAGACGUAAUAAAUAAAUUAUUAUUUUAAAUAUUCAAAAUUACUGAUUUAUACAAUAUCCACAUAGCGUAGCACAAUCGAUUAAGGAGUAGGUGGAAUGAGGUGAGAAUUUCCUAUAACUACUAAGCACACCACAUAUGAAAAUUUGUUAGCGAGCAUAAUAAUGAUCUUUGGCAUUAAUUAAUAUAUCCUGCAUAUAUUUAUGAACUUUGUGGAACAAUGGCUAAAAGUCGAAUUAGAGAUCCAAAGUAAAACUGCCAAUAGCAAAUACUAUUUUUAUUACCACUAUUGAAUCCUGUUACCAAUUCAGUCCUGCAAUCUUUAUACAAUGGACAUUAGAUUAGCUUUAAUGCAUGAAUCAAUAAAUUUAAUACAAUUUAUUGUGUUUUUUACUUGGCUCAUUUAAUAAUUAAUGCCAUUAUCUAUAUCUUUGGCAUUAUAUUUAUAAAUAUAAAAAACAAAUUUAAUAUAUUUUCUAAUUAAUUGCUAAUUAAUUUAAAUUUAUUAAUUAAUCAUAAAUAUAAAGUAAUUUGUGGACUUAAUUUAUCAAUAUAGUGUUUUAAUUGGGUUAUAUAUUAAUUUAUUUUGUUUGUUUCCUAUCAAUUACUUCUAUAGAAUAAACCCGAGAGGGGGGUGGGGGUGCCAUCUGUGAAAGGGGGGGUGGGGGUGGGGGGUGGGGGUGUAGGGUUGCUACCUAUGCUUGACCAGACGAUAUUAGUGAGGUAAAGGAGGAAUUGAUGGCAAUGGGAGCAAAAUUAAUAGACCUAUAUGAAUCGGAUAUAAAGAGCCUAAUACAUGAGGAUGCUUUUGUUGUGGCAUGGAUCAGUUCUUCAUACUGCGUUAUUGUUUUGCUUUUAUAUUUUUCAGUUUAUGUAAAAAAGCUCAAUAAAGUCCAGAGAGAGAUUACAAACAUAUGAAGCUUGGGGAGACUAAUUCCAAUUGAUCAUCGAAAUAAAAUCAUGAGAGCAUUGAGGGCUCAUGGGAAACUAAAAUUGCAAAAAAAAUAG